GUGCAGAAGCCGAACUCCCGCGGUGCGAAGCGACGGUGGAUGUGCGGAGGCGGCUUUGUGGCUGCUGUGCAGUGAGUGUCGCCCUCGUCCUUUCUUGCCGCGGCGACGUCAGCCUGGGCCGGCUCGCCUCUUCCUUCCCAAGCCUAACGCCUGCCCCAGGGGCCUGCCCGAGUCCACAGCUGCUCCGACUAGACGGAGUUGAUGGGCAUGGUCCAGGCUGCGGAUCCUUUGUUGUGCUGCGACGAUGGGUGCGGGGAUGAACGUGGAAGCCCGCGGAGCGAAAGGCCGGACUUGGGAGCGGGGGACUGGGCCCGGGGCACCAAGCCCGAGGGUUGGGAGGCUGGGUAGCAUGAGGCUGGGCCGGGAGCGUUGAGGCCCGGUAGCCGGAGGCCGGGUCGGGGGCACCGAGCCCGGACAGUGGGAUACUGGAAAGUCAUCUUAGGACUACAGUUGGGGAAGGGGAAGACACACACACACAUGAGUAUCAUGGAGAGCCCUGACAACUCAGUGGAUUCAAAAUCCAUUAAAAGUUCGGAAUUAAAGAUCUUGCAUGGAAGCAAAUCAGUGGACUCUGGAAUAUCCUUGGACAGUCGUUACAAAAUGGAUUAUCCUGAAAUGGGUUUAUGUGUAAUAAUUAAUAAUAAAAACUUUCAUGAAAGCACUGGAAUGGCAUCUCGGUCGGGUACAGAUGUAGAUGCAGCAAAUCUCAGGGAAACAUUCAGAAACUUGAAAUACGAAGUCAGGAAUAAAAAUGAUCUUACACGUGAAGAAAUUAUGGAAUUGUUGUGCAAUGUUUCUAAAGAAGAUCAUAGCAAAAGGAGCAGUUUUAUUUGUGUGAUUCUAAGCCAUGGUGAUGAAGGAAUAAUUUUUGGAACAAAUGGACCUAUUGACCUGAAAAAAUUAACAAGUUUCUUCAGAGGGGAUAAUUGUAGAAGUCUAACUGGAAAGCCCAAACUUUUCAUUAUUCAGGCCUGCAGAGGUACAGAGUUAGACUGUGGCAUUGAGACAGACAGUGGUUUUGAUGAUGACAUGGCAUGUCAGAAAAUACCAGUUGAGGCAGACUUCUUGUAUGCAUAUUCUACAGCACCUGGUUACUAUUCCUGGCGAAACUCAAAGGAUGGAUCCUGGUUUAUCCAGUCACUUUGUGCUAUGCUGAAACUUCAUGCUCACGAGCUUGAACUUAUGCACAUUCUUACUCGGGUUAACAGAAAGGUAGCAACAGAAUUUGAGUCCUAUUGCUUUGACUCUACUUUUCAUGCAAAGAAGCAGAUUCCAUGUAUUGUGUCCAUGCUCACAAAGGAACUGUAUUUUUAGCACUAAAGAAAUGGUUGUUUUUUUUUUUUAAUUUGUAUGCCAAGUGUGAAAAUGUUUGAUACUGAAUUUUCCUCUGUCAUUUAAAUCUAACCUAAUACUUCAGAUGGUACUUUGAAACAUAAGACUUUCAUGCAAUAGAACCAUUAUGAAACUACCUCAAACUCUAAAUCUGGUAGUUGAAAUUGAACUUAAUUAGGAAUAAAAAAUGGAUAGUUAGAAUCAUUAUGAGAGGAAAUGAUUGUAAAUUAUAUCUUUCAUAAUUAGCGAGUUUUAGUGAUGUGCUAUGAAUUUUUAAGUAAUUAUGAAAAAGUUAAAAUUACGGUAAUGAAUUUUAAUGAUAUGUUUCCACUUAAGACUAUGUAUUCUAGUUUUUGUCAAACUAUAGAAAUGAUGAUGUGAAAUGAUGUAUCCUAGAACUUAGGGAUCCAUGGGCAUGGGCUGAAGGCUCGGAAACCUUUACCUUUAAAAUUCUUACUUGGCGAUAAGUUGAGUGCAUUUUUAGAUCAUUUAUCUGAGCUCAUGGUUUUGUGUUUUGUCCCAAGCAUGUCUUUGAGGUAAAAAAAAUCAUGUUUAAUAUUGAAAAAGGAGGUGGAAAUUUUGUUUGAGAUAAGAUGUGAGCAAACUGAAUUGACUCUUUUAAGGCCAAAUGCAACGUUAAUAGAAGGACAGAGAUACAAAUACAUAAGUCUCCCCAUUUUUCCCUGUACAAAUCAUUUGAGCUUCAGACACCAGCAAAAUAUCUUAAGAGCUGUUAUAUAAAAACCUCAAACUGUUGAUUAGUAGCCAUAGGGGGUGAAGAAAUUCUAGAAGGACACACUAAAAUACAACUUACAUAACAAAAAUGGAAUGUAAGGAAAGAAGACUAAAGCAAUCAUCUAAGCACUCCAUAAUUAGAGAGAAGGUGGUUUGAUCCUGAGCAGAAACAUGGCACAGACUAUGCGAUGAAAGCAGAGCCAUAAACUGCAGCUUCAGAAAAAGGACUGUCGGCUAAUUUCUUCAUACAUCCUGGUGUGUGCAGAGGAUGCCCCCAGGCAGGAAUCUCCAAAUAAGAAAGUGAACCAAACCAGAAAUUUUGGAAAUAGAAAUUUCCUAAAGGUAGUGAGAGUCACAGUGAAAUAUCACAGUACUCUUCGUAGAAAAAGUUUUGAGCAUGUUAAGUUAUUUUCUGUUGAAGUUUACAAUCAGAGGAAAAUAGUGGUAACAUUUUAUACUAUUCUCUGAAAUGAAAGAAGCAUAGCACACCAGAUUUUAGAAAUCAUCCUGUCUGAGCCUCUACUUUGGUGCAAAGGGAAACUGACGGCCAGAGAGGAGAAAUAGAAGGACACAAAACAGGGAGGACAGGCGCCAAGCCUCCUCUCUCUUGGAGGUAUUGCGGUGUCACUGCCCCAUGGUGUCUCAUUGGCUUUCAGUCUGACACCUGAGGUGAGCUUUCUGUUUGCUCAAAGAAAGAAGCUCACAUUCAUAAAUGACAGUUAUUCAUUUUGAUUAGUUCUGUAACUUUUUUCUAAAUAAAUGUGGCAUGUAUCUUAAAGUAUGCUCCUGUAUGACAAUUUUGUAAAAUUUUAUUUUGAAUUUUUAUUGCAAAAUACACAUUUUAACUUAAAAUUA